AUGGCGGUCAAUCUUGUUAUCAACCUAAACGCAGCCCUAACCAUCCCGCUUAUCCACAUUCACUGUUGGCUAGACUCAACCGUGGCGCUAUAUCGGAUAAAAGGGAAAGGUGACCACCGACAAUUUGUGAUGAAUCUGGUGCAGAAGAUACGACAGCAUGGCGAAGUGACAUGGCAUCAUGUGCCUACAAGAGAGAAUCCCGCUGAUCUAGGAAGUAGGGGAGAUGACGUUAAGGACAACCAAUUGUGGAAAGAAGGCCCAGCUUGGCUGAACGAUCCAUCCAGAUGGCCCCAAGACGUGACACUAGUUCCUGAUGAGCAGACUAGAGCAGAAGAGAAGGUGAAAGUAAAGAACGAAAUCGCAGCAGCGACCGUUAUCAAGUCAGAUGUCUUUGAUGAGCUACUCGAAAAAUACCAUCUCCCGAAAGUAUUGAGAAUUCUCGGUUAUGUUCGACACUUUGUUUCAAACUGCAAACGCCAAACCGAAGAGAAAGUGACGGGUCCAAUUUCUACUGAUGAGGUUGAACAGCAGGAACUCUGGUGGAUUAGACAAGCACAGCAAGCAGUUCAAGAUGAUGCCCAAUUUCGAACAGAUCAACUGCGAUUGAACUUGUUGCAGAACGAUUAA